CGGAAAAUUGCGCUGUUUGAUGGGGGAUAAAUACUUUAUCUACUCGGUUCUGAUAGUUACUGUGUCAUUUCUAGUCCGUAUCACUUCGCGUGUGCAUUAAACGUUGUUGUCAGGGAAAUUAUCUUUGAGAAUAUGGAGGAACAGCAAAAACUGGAUUACAUACGGCAUGAACUGACCGGAAAGAUCAUCAAAACAUUAAAACUUGAUGAUCACGAAUUGGUGAAAGUCAGUAUUACUACACCGAAUCAUCUUGAUGGUUUUAUGUCUGCUAUCCAUAACUUGGUUCUAAUAACUAGAGAUAACAAAACGAAGAAAGAGACAACUUUAAAUUUAAUGGUGAAAGUUAUGAAAGGCGACGAAGCGUUUCGGGAAGUCUCUCAAACCAAAACUCAAUUCACCAACGAGAUCUACAUAUACGAUAAAGUGAUUCCAGUGUUCUCGGAAGUAUUAUCAUCACGGCGAUGCAAAGUUCGAGGGGAAGAUUGGUGUCCGAGAAUAUUUCACUGCGCAGCAGGAUUAAUCCCUGGAUUUAGUAGUAUCUACGAAACGAUACUAGUGAUGGAAAACAUGACAUUAGAUGGUUUCAAAACUGGACCGAGAAACGAUUUGGACGAAGAUCAUCUCACCUUGAUGGCCGAGAGAAUUGCUCAAUUCCAUGCAUGUUCUUACGCUUUGAAAAUAAUGGAUAAAGAAAAUCUGGAAAAACUAGUCAAUGGAAUCAUUCCGUUAAACUUCAUUAAAAACGGUCAAAUGUUCAAGAGCUAUGCCAUUAUGUUCCGUUGUGGAUUAGAUCGCAUUUAUGAAUAUCUUGCCAAACAUCCUGACGAACUGAACAGUGAACAAUUCACGGUCGAUAUGGAAAAGCUUCGCGACAAAUAUGGAAAAGAGCCUAUAAAUUUGAUGCAAAAGUUUUUGCAAAGAGAUGAGUUUUCCGUGAUCCUUCAUGGUGACUACAAUAGGAACAACGUGCUUUUCAAAUACGAAAAUGGCAGGCCAGUGGAUCUUCGUAUGUUCGACUUCCAGGAAAACCGUUACGCCACCCCAUCGAUCGAUUUGUCAUUUUUCAUGUGCAUGAGUAUGCCAACAGGGUUCCGUGAACAGCUUUGGAUUCCGCUGCUGAAAAGUUAUCACGAUAGUCUGAUGGAAACAUUGGUUGAUAUUUUGAAAUGUGAUAGGAAUGAUCCUCGUUUAGAAACGUACUCUUACAUCAACUUUAUGAAACACAUGAAUAGGUUUGCAAUGUACGGCGCAAUGGUAGCAUGUCAUUUUCUACCCUGGAUGUUAAGCUCUGAAGAAGAAUGUGCGUUGUUGGCAGAAAACUCUGUCCUAGAUAUAGGCUCUGCAGAGAUGAGACGUUUGAUUAUGGUUAGCGGCGGAGAAAAAGUGGACAAACGUUUGAUUGAAAUUUUCCGACACAUGAGCCAACUUGGAUACUUUUCCAUUGUCCACGAUGACUAGAAUGGGUGUAUGCAAAUAAAAAUCAUUUUGUUGUAAUAUAUUGUUAACUAUAUUUGAUACAGGCAAUGUUAUACUUAUAAAAUAUAAUUAUUUGUUUACAAA